UAAGUCGUACAAGGGUUGGCGAUUUUGCUUUGCUGUCCGUCUUGGGUUCCUGCCAUGCCGCACCGGUUACCCCACGCCCUCCGAGAGCUAGUUGCAGCGGGGCAGCUUUUCUCCUCAGCGCGACCCUUAUCAAGCUCGACCUUUGCCUCGCCCUCCCAGCCCUUUUCCUCACUGCUCACCCGGGCUUCUGCGCGAUCCUGCCAUACUGGCCACUCCAUUCCUAACCUCCAUCCAUCUACCGCGCAGCCGCUCCAGACCAAACGACAGUAUUCCUGGCCAACCAUGACUGGAACAGAGGGAACCCACGAGGUUCGCAAGUACCUCCAGCAGAGCCAUGACCGCAUCUUUGAGAACAACAAGAAGUGGGCCGACGAGAUGAAGAAGAAGAACCCAGCUUUCUUCGACCACUUGAGUGCCGGCCAGGCACCUGAAUAUCUCUGGAUUGGCUGCUCCGACUCGCGCAUCCCGGCCGAAGCCAUUACCGGUCUCGAGCCCGGCGAGAUGUUCAUCCACCGCAACAUUGCCAACCUUGUCUGCAACAUUGACCUCAACGUCAUGUCGGUCGUCAACUACGCCGUCCGCCACCUCAAGGUCAAGCACAUUGUCGUCUGCGGACACUACGGCUGCGGCGGUGUCAAGGCUGCCAUGACCCCCAAGGACAUGGGCCUCUUGAACCCGUGGCUACGAAACAUCCGCGAUGUCUACAGGCUGCACCAAAAGGAGCUUGAUGAUGUCAUUGCCAAUGGUGGUACCGAGGAUGACAAGUACAACAAGCUCGUCGAGCUGAAUGUGUACGAGCAGUGCAGGAACGUCAUCAAGACGGCGGCUGUACAGCAGUGCUGGGCAGAGAAUGAGUUCCCUGUUGUCCAUGGCUGGGUCUUUGGCUUCCAAGACGGCCUACUCAAGGACCUCAAGUUUGACCACGAAAAUCAGCUCAAGGAGAUCCAGAAGAUUUACGACUUGACAAAGGAGAUUUAAGUAGAGAGGCUGUGUAUAUUAGACUUGUGACAUAUGGAGGUGUGAGUUUAGCGAGGAGUUGAGGGUAUGUGAGAGGUGAGGUGUAUGUGAAGCUGAUACAGUAGAUUGAGUCGUUGAAUGAACUGGCCGACUUGUGAAUCAC